AUGAGUCUCCCCCAAUUGAAAAUCGAAUUGAAGAACUGGGAACAUACUUUUAUAAAGCAGAACAACAGACCGCCCACCAAGAAUGACAUCAAGAAAAAUCCACAUAUUAAGGCCAUGUACAAGUCUUACUCCCAAUUAAAAUCCUCCUCGUCCUCCUCAUCAUCAUCCUCACAACCACAUGAGACACCACAGAAAACAACCACACAAGAUCCAGAUGCCGGGUUGGUUCAAUUGGGCCCAACGCCGCAGAUUUACGGAAAGGCAAUGAGUAUUUUCGAAAUGAUGGUCUCACCAAUAAAGCAAACACAACCAAGUGAUGUUGCUACGACCCCUGCAACAGAUGUCACGGAUGUGGAGUCCCCACCACGGGAGGACCAUGAUCAGGAUCAGGGACCAAUGAUGAUGCAGGUUCCUUCUUUGUCUCCUCCAAUAGUGCGAAGUAAAUGGGGGCCAAACUCACCGUUGAAGAUGAAUGAUAUUGUCAAAAUUUCUAUUAAUUUGAAUAAACGAAUAGAAAGAGUCAAUUUGACACCUAAUAAGAUGGGGGUUGAUGCGAAUGUAGAGAGUCCAUCGCCAAUUGUGAAGAAUUUGAAAUUUAAACAGAAAAGUUUGAAACAAUUGGAUAAAGAAUAUAAAGAUAUCUUGAAGGAAUUAAAACUGGAUAAACCCAAUGAUAAUAAUAACGACGAGGAUAAGGAAACUGAUGUGAUAUCUGGGGUAGCUAUUAGGGAUAUAUUUAAUGAGGACGAAGAGGAAACCACUACUACCACGAGACUUACUUAUGGACCUAAACCCAAGAGGAGAAAGAUAAUACGAAGAUUAGAUGUUGCUGAGAAUGAACAAAAAGUUGUUCCGAAAAAUAUACAUAAGGAAUUAUUGAAAUUAAAGAAACGACAAGUGUCUGCGUUAUUGACUGAAGAUGAGAAUCACUCCAAGACUAGUGAUUUGGAGGAUGAAACCACAUCUGAAGAAGAGGAGAAAGAAGACCUACCUGUUAAGCGGCAGAAAAAGAAGAGACCAAAGAAAUAUAAUCUGGUUAGCAACAACUUUAGAAGAUUGAAAUUACCUCGUAAAAACCGUCGUUGGCCAGGUAGAAGGAGGUAG